AUGGGACCUUUGUUGAAAUGGGCAAGCGGCCUCCUCAGCCGAGCCCCCCUGCUUCCUUUGCAAUUCCCAGCAACGGGCUUCAAAGUCAUCACCGAUGCCACCUUGCUCGAGGAGCAGCAUUACGACGAGUUCAAGACGGGCAACUACUGUCCAGUGAAUAUCGGCGACGUAUAUGACUCCAAUACCUACCAAGUGCUCGGCAAGCUAGGGUUUGGGUCAACUGCGACGGUUUGGCUAGCUCGUAACCUACGUAAUCGCCGGUUUUAUGCCUUGAAAGUGUUUAUGCGAAAUCAUGACGACGCGUGCAUGAGCGAGCUUCGGACGUAUAAUGCUAUAGCUGAUGCCAAUCCAUUUCACCCUGGCCACCGACAUGUCAGGACUGGCGUGCAUAUCAAAGCAGACAACAUACUGCAUGCGAUUGUUGACGAGGGAAUCCUAGAGAGCUUUGUAAAAGACGAGAUGGAGACGCCAUCACCUCGCAAAUACGUCAACACAGCCCCUAUUUAUAUGUCUCGACGUUUCGGCCUGCCGGAAGACUUUGGUAUCAUUGUUCUAAGUGACUUCGGAGAGGUGGUGAAUGGAGACGUGGAACGGAACCACAACGCCCAGCCAGAUGUUUACAGAUCACCCGAAGUUAUGCUUCAGGCUGCGUGGAGCUACCCAAUCGAUAUAUGGAAUGUCGGAGCUAUGAUCUGGGAUGUAUUUGAGGGCGGCCAUUUAUUUCAUGGACUCGAUCCCAGUCCGGAAAAAGGCUACUACACAACUAGGGCGCACCUGGCGGAAAUCAUCGCGCUCCUCGGUCCACCCCCCCUGGAUCUUCUCCAGCGAGGGACCCGAAGUGAAGAAUUUUUCUCAGAAGAUGGCCAGUGGAUUGCGGACUGUCCUAUUCCUCAGGGCAAAAGCCUAGAGAAGGCGGAGCUUUUCCUUACUGGAAGGAAUAAGGAGAUGUUUCUCAGUUUCGUGAAGGGAAUGCUAACGUGGCGACCGGAAGAGCGUAAGACGGCAAAAGAGCUGCUGGAGGACCCGUGGCUGAAGACGUGGGAUAUCAAUGAUUGA